UUUGUUCCUGUUGUGGCGGGAAUGUGUGCUACUCGCAGGCAACAUGGAUGUUGAAAUGAAAGAAGCAGACAUUGAACAAAGUCAAGCCGACGGAGCGCCUAAAAAGGAUGAUACUGCACCGAAAUCAUCAACGAAUGCUUAUGAACUACCAUGGGUUGAAAAAUACAGACCUCUGAAGUUGAAUGAAAUCGUUGGAAAUGAGGAAACUGUCAGCAGACUGGAGGUGUUUGCAAGAGAAGGAAAUGUGCCCAACAUCAUCAUCGCUGGUCCUCCUGGCACUGGAAAAACGACCAGCAUUUUGUGUUUGGCCAGAGCUCUUCUUGGUCCAGCCAUGAAAGACGCUGUGCUUGAGUUGAAUGCCUCAAAUGACCGUGGAAUUGAUGUAGUGAGAAACAAAAUCAAAAUGUUUGCCCAGCAAAAGGUCACACUCCCUAAAGGUCGCCACAAGAUCAUAAUCUUGGAUGAGGCUGACAGCAUGACAGAUGGAGCCCAGCAGGCUCUCAGAAGAACCAUGGAGAUCUACUCCAAAACCACACGCUUUGCUCUGGCAUGUAAUGCAUCAGAUAAGAUCAUUGAGCCCAUCCAGUCCCGCUGCGCGGUGCUGCGUUACAGCAAGCUCAGAGACGAGCAGAUCAUGAUGCGUCUGACGGAGGUGGUUGAGCAGGAGAACUUACAUGUCACCAACGACGGCCUAGAGGCCAUCAUCUUCACCGCGCAAGGGGACAUGAGACAGGCUCUGAAUAACUUGCAGUCAACAAAUUCUGGAUUUGGUUACAUCAACAGUGAAAAUGUGUUUAAGGUGUGUGAUGAGCCACAUCCUCUGCUGGUUAAAAGCAUGCUGGAGCACUGUGUCAAUGCCAACAUUGAUGAAGCCUACAAGGUCAUUGAGCAGCUUUGGUCACUCGGAUACUCACCAGAGGACAUCAUUGGAAACAUCUUUAGAGUGUGUAAGACCUUUCAGAUGGCUGAAUAUUUGAAGCUGGAAUAUAUUAAGGAAAUUGGCUACACACAUAUGAAAGUGGCAGAAGGAGUGAACUCUCUGUUACAGAUGGCUGGGCUGUUGGGUCGCCUGUGCAGCAAGACUGCUGCACCUGAUGCCAGCUAAAGACAAGAGAUGUUAUCAAAUGAUCACAGCCUCAGUGUUCUUUAACUCCAGAACAUGUACUAAGACUUUUAUAUUUUGUAAAAGAAAAAAAAAAUCAUAAUUGUGAAAAUGACAAAUUGCAUUAAUAAAAAUUAACAAAAUCCUUCUUA